ACGUCAGGCUCGCGUGUGUGUGCGCGCGUCCAGUCGGAGGAGUUACCAUGAAUCUCCCGCAGACAGACAUUUUUUUGGAUGCUGCUGUCUUCGUCUAAUCUGUCAGAUUAGAGCCGCUGCACCUCAAGAAGAAGACAGAGGGGCGCUCUUUUUCUUCCUCUCUGGUUUUUAAUCAUUUAAAUCCUGGGAAAACGCCGAUGUUUGUUAUUUUGUUCUUCGUGUCUGUGCGCUGUCCGAGGUGCUGAAACCCUUCUGCGACCUUUCCGAGCUGCAAAAAAAAAAGGCGAAUUAAAUGCGCAUCAAAGCGGUGAUUUGACGCAAAAUUGAGCCCCUUAGACGCGCGCGGAGCCGAGGACAACCUGUUAGCUUCUCCUGGACUACACCGCCUCAGCUGCACGCGCGUCACACCUGACUCCCAGGUGGAGAGAAGAAGAGGAGCAAGAAGAAGACGUUGAGAAUAUAUGACUUCUUAGCCGCAUACCUACUGACCUACUUUGUGCAAGUUGGGGGUCAAACCCGCGACGCAGACGAGGUGGAAAUGGAGCUGAUGUGGAGACGGUGGUGACCCUGCAUGUGGGGGAACUUGCAGUGAAAACGCAGGAGAGUUUAAAAAGAAGAGAAAGGAGGGAUGAAGAGGGUGAAGAGGCAGAGGAGUGGGGAGAAAGAUAAGGUUAUGACCGCGUCUCUUCACCUGGACGUCGGGUUGAUGCUGCUGCUGCUGGCCUGCUGGCAGACUCCGGAGCUGGUCGGAGCAACGGUGCCAGCGGCCCCCGUCAACGUGUCGGUGACACAACUGAGGGCACACUCGGCCAUGGUAACCUGGAACGUCCCUCAGGGAGACACCGUCAUCGGAUACUCCAUCUCACAGCAGAGGCAGGACGGCCUGAUGCAGCGCUCCAUCCGAGAGGUGAACACGUCGAGCCGCUGGUGUGUGCUGUGGGACCUGGACGAGGACACACACUACAGCGUACAGGUGCAGUCUGUGGGGCCAAGCGGCGACAGCCAGCCGAGCCGUGCCGUCCACUUCAGGACUCUGGAGAAGACGGACCAUUACCCAGCUGGAGUCCUGGACCAGCAUGAACCAGCGAUGGAGGGUCUGGGAAUGACUCCUCACCUGCAGACAGGAGAGCUGCUCAUCAUCACCACCGUGCUGCUGCUGUGGGCAGCGGUGAUCGCCCUCUUCUGCCGGCAGUACGACAUCAUCAAAGACAACGACUCCAGCAGCACCAAAGACAAAGCCAAGAGGCCGCUGGUGCGCUCCACCUCCUACUACAACACGUCAGCCGGCAGCUCGCCGAUCUACCACAACGGAGCCGUGCGCAGCAGCAGGCUGCACAGAGCCUCAUCCUCCAUCAGCAUCAUCCGAGUGUGACUGCAGAAAGACUGAACAGGACAUGACGGGCCGAGCUGUUACCUGAGGAACUCUUCAGCACGAUCCUGUGACAGACGCAGAGUUGAUAGACGUGUUAGUCUAAUUUGUUAGAACGACGCGAGAACUAAUUCAAGACAUGACUGACUACUGCCCUCUAGUGGCUGAAGACUGUUUCUGCAGCAUCAAAUCAAAACAGUGGACCUCUUUUGAAGCUCUGGAAAGCUUUUAAUGAGCUCAACAUUUUUGCAACUGCAGCCAAACUCAUUUCCCCUCGUACAAAAAAAAAACCCACCCAAAUUUCAGCUCCUGUCUUUUCUUCUUCUUUAGUCAAAGACUCGCUGUACAUUUUUCCCAGCAUGUCGGCCAAAUCCUGUCCUCUAAUCCAUUUUUGUUCCCUACUUUGUUUGAUUUUUACGUUUAAGUUAAUGUUAAUCUGUACCCUUCAUCCCUGAUCAGUAAUAUGUACAGAACUAACAUGAACACAGGUGUAUCAUAUGUAACUAUAGAGAAUAUGUACAAAGAGAAUAUUGAAAUUUAAGCGUGAUUCAAACUAAUACUUGAACAUUUGGUUAACUCUUAAAUAAUAAGUUACAUUAAAUGAUGCAUAUGUUAGUUGUUCAUGUAAACAGAUAUGUUUGGUCCUUUUACUCUUUUAUUAGAUAAUCAUAACUUCCUCAAAUAACUGGUUAAAGUCUUGGAGUGGACUUUUUUUUUUACUCGAUUGUUAGUUUCCUCUCAGUGUUGAUGGUAAAUGUAGUUAAUUGAAGCAAUAAAAAGCCGCUGGCUGCAGAGCUGCUCCAGCGGUGCCUUCAUGGACGGUACGGCGCC